AUGUCAGUUGCUUGUGAUUCAUGUGAUACAUGGUAUCACAUUGACUGUAUGGGGAUGUCGUCAGAUUCGUAUGAUAGAAUCAACAAGUCAAAUGUCAGCUGGAUCUGCGCGGCUUGUGAUUCACCGAAUCACUCCCUAUCUGUACUCGACUCUUACCUGAGUGUAUCUGAAAACAGGUUUCAGGUAUUAUCAGAUAUCGACAACUCGCAAAGUGAACAUAAUCUUGCUCCUAAUAGCAGCAACAGUGAAGACUCAAGGUUAUCAUCUACUCCUUCACCCUUGAGCAACAGCAAACAAGACUCCACUGAUUCUGCGCCAAAUCCUGGAUCCCCUACUCACCAAUCUUCUCCUAUUAAAGGCAAAAAUAAAAGGAGGAAGAACAUAGCCAGACCGUUGAAAGCCUUGUCUGUCAAUCUCCAAUCCAUGUACGCUAAAAGAGAAGCGUUUUGGGAAGCAGUGGAGAGUUGUCAGCCGGACGUAAUUAUUGCCAACGAAACCUGGCUAAAACCAACAUUGUUGAACUCAGAGAUGAUGCCACCAGGUUACAAUACACCCAUCAGGAAAGACAGACCCGAUGGAUAUGGAGGCGUUCUUCUUGCCACCAAGAAUGAUCUAGUCGACUGCGAAGUUGAAGUAAAGUCUGACUGUGAGAUCAUUGCAACCAAGAUCCAGCUCUAUGGCCAACAACCGCUCAUUGUAGUGUCUGCCUACCGACCUCCUAAAAAUGACCUGGUUUAUGCUCAGUCCCUGUGCCAAGCAAUCCGUCAGAUUAUCGUUGGUAAUCCAUCUGCAGUAGUCUGGGUCAGCGGGGAUUUCAACCUUCCUGACAUAAAUUGGAAAACCGCGGCUGUAGAUGGUCACCAGUACACCGCUGCACUCAACAACUGCUUCAUAUCUACAUUCAACGAUGUUGGGCUGUCACAGACUGUCGACUUUCCAACGCGAGGGAACAGAACACUCGACCUCUUUCUCACGAAUAGACCAACACUUAUCAGCAAAUGCGUACCUUUGCCAGGAGUCGGUGAUCAUGACAUGAUCCUCGCAAUAUCUGAUGUACGUGCCAAGAAACUGAAACCAGUCCGUCGGAAAAUCUUUCUAUGGAGAAAGGCUGAUUUUGAUUGCAUCAAAUCAGAAAUUCUGUCUUUUGGGAAGUCAUUUGUCGAAUCAAAUUCCACCAACACCAAUGUGGAUGAUAUGUGGGAACAAAUAUCUUGCGAGCUCCACAAGGUGCUUGACACCAUGGUUCCUUCCAAGUUUUCUUCUCCACGCUUUAGUCAACCAUGGAUAAAUCAACAUCUGAAAACCCUAUCCAGGAGAAAGAAACGAGCGUACAAAAGAGCACGCAAGUCUCGUAGGCCAACGGACAGGGACAGAUACAAGAAUCUCAAGAAAGUCAUGCAGAAAGAAUGCAGAUCUGCCUACCAUUCAUACAUAAACGACAUGCUUUGUGAAGAAGGCAAACCCAAGAGGUUCUGGUCUUACAUAAAGAACACCCGAUGCGAGAGUACUGGUGUCGCGCCCUUGCUGAAGGAUGGUAUUCUACAGUGUGACUCCACAGCCAAGGCCAACCUACUCAAUGAUCAAUUUGCCUCCGUUUUUACCCAUGAGGAUGCAUCGCACCUACCAGACCUCGGUGAAAGCCCACACCCAUCAGUCCCUGCCUUUGUUAUCGACAGCGAAGGAGUUAGGAAACUUCUCGCAAACCUCAAAUCCCACACAGCCUGUGGCCCUGACAACCUACCUGCGUACCUGCUGAAAGAAAUCUCAAGUGAGCUAGCCCCAGUUCUUUCCCUUCUGUUCAAUGCCUCACUACAACAGGGAAAAAUUCCUCACGCAUGGAAAGUAGCCAAUGUCGUACCCAUUUUUAAGAAGGGUGACAAACACAAAGCGGAGAACUACAGACCCAUCUCCCUAACCUCUAUCAUCUGUAAAGUCGCUGAGCACAUUAUCCACAGCCAAAUCAUCCAUCACCUAGACGAGCACAACCUCCUAACAGACUUUCAAUUUGGCUUUAGGAGAAAACGAUCUUGUGAGUCGCAGCUUCUUGUAACGGUAGAUGACCUUGCGACAGGACUCAGAGAUAAACAACAGAUCGACGCCAUUCUACUCGAUUUUUCGAAAGCGUUCGACCGAGUACCCCACGAGCGUCUUCUUCUGAAACUGAACCACUACGGAGUCAGAAAUGAACUACUCUCAUGGAUUCGGGAUUUCCUCCAAGGGCGAACUCAGCAGGUCCUACUUGAGGGGAAGAAGAGCAACACCACCAACGUCACAUCGGGCGUACCCCAGGGCACUGUCCUGGGUCCCCUUUUGUUCUUGAUUUUCAUCAAUGACCUCCCCGAUUGUGUCUCCUCAUCCAUUCGACUCUAUGCUGACGAUGCCCUCCUAUAUAGAACAAUCAAUUCCCAUGAUGACAUUGAGUCCCUACACAGAGAUCUCGCAAAUGUUCAGGAAUGGGAGAGGAAAUGGCUCAUGUCCUUUAAUGUUGACAAAUGCGAGGUGCUGAGGAUUUCAAACAAGAGAAAACCCAUCAUCGGAGCAUCCCCUUAUUCCAUCCAUGGGACGACCCUCCGCACUCUUGACGAAGCAAAGUACCUUGGAGUCAUCCUCCAACGAAAUCUGAACUGGAAACACCAUGUCCACUCCAUCUGCAAGAAGAGUAACAGUACACUUGGCUUCCUUCAACGCAACCUGAGGAAAUGCCCUGCCAGCAUAAAGGAGCGAGCAUACAAGACCUAUGUCCGCCCAAUUGUUGAGUACUCUUCUUCUGUCUGGGACCCCCAUACCAAAGAGCUCAUCUCUAAAAUCGAAAUGGUACAACGACGUGCGGCCAGAUUUGUGAAGGCUGAUUACAACCAACAGAGCAGUGUCACAGCAAUGCUGAAAGAUCUUCAGUGGCAGUCUCUCCAAGAACGUCGAGCUCACAGCAAGGUCAUCAUGCUCCCCAGCAAUCAAAGUACGACUUUACUCUACGAAGAGGAAUGUACUCAUUGGAAGAAGAAGAAGAAGAAGAGCUUCCGCAAGCGGCCCCCGCCACGGAGACGCGACGGGCAGGUCCCGUUGCGACAACACAGCACUCAACACAGGACUCAGGAGAGCCCUUCGCACGCUUCAGAAUAA